UCGGAGAAGGCAAUUGAGGAUCAACUGAUUCGCGGAAAGUCACCCGGGACUUAUUUCAAGCUAUUUUAUUCUGAAUUUGCUUGAAAUGUUUAUGAAUAACAAUUCCAUUCACGGGCAAGACUAUUUAUUCGUUAAAACGUGGACAUUCGAAAAACAUUUGCAGCAAAAUAGGCUAGUUUGUUAGUGCGUGUUGCGACUAGUUGUGUAAAUUAUGUGCCAGCUUAAUUAUUACUAAUGAAAUGCGUAUAGAUUUUGGACUUGGAAGGACUAUGGAUUAAUAAUAGUGUUUAUAGUAUAGAACAUCUGCCUAAAUCUGAACUUAUUUGCGGUAACCGACAGGAAAUAUUUCAAUGAGUACCUGAGAGCUAUUUUAUCUAAAUGUCCCGACCAAGAAUCCUGAAAGCGUUCAACAUUUGCUCAAGAUGAUAAGAGAUCAGGAUCCGUCUUCGUCAUUUUCAGAUUAUCAAAGUACAUAUCUGAGACGACUAUCGCCUCCAGGUAGUCCUUCAUCAAAAAAGUGUUGCUAUGACCACAAGGAUUUCCAUUCUAAAGAGCCAUCAUUAUUUUGCUGUUGCUACUCAUGUCCAGGUCCCAGAUCGACGUCAAUUCUAGCAACACUAGGCGUAUGUUUCCUUGUAUUGGGGUACACCAUAAUUGGAGCUUUCACAUUUAUGGCUUUAGAAGGCGACUUGUACCAGGACACCGCAGUGGCUGCCUCCAAAGCUAAUCCUCAGACUGACAAUAGCGAAAUAGAUAUUCUUCGUGCGGACACUGUUAACAGACUAUGGAGCAUAACAGAAGACUUAAAUAUUUUGUAUAAGGAAAACUGGACGAAACUUGCCGCUGAGGAAGUGAUGCUCUUUCAGGAUGCACUAGUGAAAGCACUCCGCAACAGUGACAGCAGUUAUAAUACACAAGUUGGGACUAUGUCGUACUAUCAACAGAACUUACACAAGUGGAGCUUCAGUUCCAGUUUUUUAUAUUCACUCACAUUGAUAACAACAAUUGGUUAUGGUUCAGUAGCGCCCAGAACACCAUGGGGUAAAUUGGUUACCAUAAUUUAUGCUUUGAUAGGAAUUCCAUUGAUGCUACUUUAUUUAUCCACAACAGGAGAUGUUCUAGCCAGAAGUUUUCGAAGGUUGUAUGGAAAAAUAUGUGGCAGCAAAAUUGCCUCCCAGAAGCCGCAACAACAGUGCCCAUGCUCAAACAAUGUUCGUGUUCCUGUCACCAUAUGCUUAGUGAUCGUCCUGGCAUAUAUUUGCUCUGGAGCGAUGUUGUUUCGCCGCUUAGAAAACUGGUCAUUAUUAGAAGGAAGUUACUUCUGUUUUACCAGUCUUGGCACAAUAGGAUUUGGCGAUUUACUACCAGGACAAAACACUGAAGAAAUAUCUUUAUGCGCCUGUUCAGCUUAUAUACUAACUGGAAUGGCUUUAGUGGCUAUGUGCUUUAGCUUAGUCCAAGACCAAGUUGUCGCUCUUUUAAGAUGCAUUGGUGCUUCGUGUUCCAAAACCAAAAAUCUAAGACAGGAGGAAUCCACAUCAUCUUUGCCCGAUUCCUGACAAAGACCCACGACGGAGGGUGCAGCUCCGUCCAAAAUCGGUGGAAGACGAUCACCCCCUACGCUACAUCAUAACAGUUUACCAAGAAAAAGCAAUUUUCAUCGAAACACUCCUGCGAGACGCUCGGCAGCAGGAUUUGCAGCUGAACCUUCAAUUGAAUAUUUUGUGCCGCGCAGCAUGAGUGAAUUCGAUCUAUCUAUCGCUACGGAAUCACCUCCAUUACC